GAAAUUUAGCUCCACAAUGCAGAAAGUCUACAAAGUCCUCGUCAACAAUUAUUAUAGAUUGUACUAUCAUAUCGCCUGCCAUACCCACACACGAUGUCGUUAUCCUGCCAGUCCGCAGCUCGCAGCUGCAUAAGAUCUCUCCGAUCAUCCUCAUCCCUCCGCGUUUCCACAGCCUCCCUUGCACAAAGAAGAAAUCCUUCCGCGAGAUGGGCAUCAACAGAGGCAGCGUCAGCGAACCCAAAGAUCUCCGGGAUUGUGGACCAAAUCAGCCAAUUGACUUUAUUAGAGACAGCCGAUUUAGUUGCUAGCUUAAAGUCACGACUAAAUAUUCCCGAUAUGCCAAUGGGGGGAUUUUCUGCUGGCCCUGUCCAAGCCGCUGCACCUGUUGAAGAGGAAGAUGCGGCACCAGUACAACAAGAGAAGACCUUGUUCAACCUGAAGUUGGCCUCAUUUGAUGCGGGGGCAAAACCUAAGAUUAUCAAAGAGAUCAAGAGCAUGUUGGGAUUAAGUUUGGUGGACAGCAAAAAGUUCGUCGAAAGUGCGCCAAAGAUGAUGAAGGAGGGCGUACCAAAGGAGGAGGCAGAGAAGAUCAUUGCAACUUUGAAGGAAUUGGGAGCUGUUGUCAACAUGGAAUAAAAAUCUUUACGAGAGGAACUGCAUAAGCUGCGGGGUUCGGAGAAACUCGGCAUGUAUCAAUAGAGAUGUGUACAAAAUCUACUUCUCAUCCAGGCAUACACAAAGAAACUCUAUAUAAUCUGCUAUAGCAGGUUUUGAGACAGAAUGACUGUCUAGUCAUCAGAGAGUCCUCGAUGUCAAUCCGAUUUUUGUGAGGAUGACACCGAAGUGGAUGUAGAAUUCAGAUCAAAUCGAGUGCCCCGCAGUUCAUUGACUACAAUGAGCUUUUGUUAACUUUAAAAGAAUCUUUACAAACGUGGCAGCAGAGAUUCAUAAAAAUCUUGAACAGAAACA